AGGCCAUUUUGGAGCCGUGGCAUCAUUCACCGACAACACGAACGGAAGCGAAGGCGAAGUCAGUCCAUCUCUGGGCUGGAAGAUCCGGCACCGGCGAGGAAAGACAUGUGGUGACUGACUGGCUAUGUUGUCGUGCUGAGAGAAGAAAAAAAACAAAACAGAGGGCAGCUUCACCGCAUUGCUAUCCGAGGACCGGUGACCCCCCGUGGGAGGGAGUUGCCGUCGCUUUAGCCCGGCCAAAAACAGGUGUACGGUUUCAUCACACGGAGGCUCCGCUAGCUAACCGAGCCGCCGGAGCUUCGCCGUGUGUCGGACUUUUUUUUUUUUUUUUCACCUGACAGAGGCCGGUUACGUGACGGUGAGCUCCGGAGUCGGUGGUUUUAAGCAUUAAACGGGGCAAGAUCCGGGACUAAAGCUCAAUCCAGAGGAGAGGCCUAUCCUGAGCGGAGAGAAAAAUAAUCAGAAAAGAAGAAGGAACAGGAAUUGGACUCACAGCUCACCUAUACCUGACUCUUCUUAGCAAGCCUCCAGUCUUUUGGUUUUAUGACGUGCUCUAAUCUUCAAGAAGCACACAUGGAACAGCUCUAAAGGAAAGUGUGUCCCCCUGCAGUAGAUCAGUAAGAAGUGCUCUUCAAUAUGAAUACAGAUAGCGGAGGAUGUGUUCGCAAAAGUGUGGCCUUGUCACUCAUACUCUCUCCCAUGAAGAGGGUCCAGAGCUCACCAAAUCUAGCCACAGGGAGUGAUUCUCACUCAUCAGACUUGGAUUCUUGGCGGUCACGCAGUGCAACAGACGGCCUUAAGAAUGGAGAUGCCAGCAGCUCAUCUCUUGCUGCCAAAGGCUUCCGCAGUGUCAGACCCAACCUUCAGGACAAAAAGUCACCCACCCAGGAAAUCAAUCCUCUACCAUUGCCGCCCCCCAGGAGAGAGAGUUUUCACUUCUCGCCCACUGGCACUAACCCACCAGAUUACAGCUCCCUCAUUGCCCUGGCUAAUGAUUUGAGUCCCGGAAUGCAAACAUUCACUAAGAAUGAGAAAGCAGUUUUAAAAGAGUCCUACACUGUUAGGAGCACAUCUUCUUACUCAUACUCAGAGACCAGUGCAAACCCAGUCCGGCAGUUAAAUCAGUCCACUGUCCCAAAUGAUAUUAGCAACCUCAGUGCAUCUGCCACCACAAAUACACAGCAACGUAAGGUGUCCUCCCUUACACUAACCCCCGUCACCAUCCCUGACCCACCUGCUCACCUCAACUUUUAUGCUGAUCCCAAACCUAAGACCCAGAACAAAGCUUCCCUUCCACCUGCUUCCCCACCUCCACAAAGCGGUCCCAUCCUCCCUCAACCCCCGACACAGACGGCUUCACUUUCUGUCCACCUGGGCACAGAGAAUCAGAAAAAGACCACCAGAGUUGAACCCAAGCUGCCAGACCAAGCUCCAAAUCAAACUCCAGCUCCAUCCCAGGUGGAGACGACAAAGCCUCCUCCUGCAGUUCCACCAAGACCGUCCCCUGCAGAACUGUUGGGCCAGGUCCUCUCUCACGCUAUGAAUGGAAGUGCUAGCCAUCCACAGAGGCCCCUGUCCCCUCCAUCCUAUCCUCCACCCCCGGCCUCACUCCACACUGGGUUCCAGAGACAGAGCAGGAGUUCAGAGGGCAGCGAAUCAGUCACCAGAGAGUCCAUGGUGUCCGGCCACACCAGUGUUAGCAGCACUGUGCCCAUUGCCCGCUUCUCAGAAGAAGAAAAGAAGGUUUCUGUCAUUAAAGCUCCCCAUUAUGAAGGCAUCGGCCCUGUGGACGAGUCAGGCAUCCCUAUUGCCAUCCGCACGACGGUGGAUCGGCCUAAGGAUUGGUACAAAACUAUGUUUAAGCAGAUUCACAAAGUUCACAAAGCAGAUGAUGACUAUUCUGACACAUACAGUGCAGCAUAUGCUGUGAUUAACAACGAUGACUACAGCCUGUCCUCCGGCACCACCAUGGCCCACCCAGCUCCUCGCACACACACCUACAGGCCUCUAUCUAAGAGCCCCUCGGACAAUGGAGGGCAUCUGGGGUCUCAGGAGCCUUCGCCAUCCCCUGUACCCCCACCACCUCCACCCAUGCCAUCCCUCCUCCAGCUGAGGGCCAAUGAGAAGGAUUCAACAGACAUGAAUGAAUGGGGUCCUCCUGACAGGAAAGUUGAUACGCGAAAGUAUCGUGCAGAGCCCAAGAGUAUUUUUGAGUAUGAGCCUGGGAAGUCCUCCAUUUUGGAGCAGGAAAGACCAACCUAUGAUGACAUAGAUUUAGAGAACGAGCCUUGGUAUAAGUUCUUUUCCGAGCUGGAGUUUGGGCGGCCGCCUCCUAAAAAACGGCUGGAUUAUAAUCCAGACAUCUCCGCUCGCCAGCGCAUUGAGACAUCUCUGCACAUCGCUCCUGCUGACAAGCCUCCGGAGAGACCUGCAAGUGCUGCCAGUGACUACAGGAAGAGAAGGAAGUCUGAGCCAUCAAGUUCCCAAGUGAAUGCCCAGUCUCAGAGCAGAGCUGCUACUUCCCCUAAACCAGUGGAUGCCUACAGACCUAGCAGCAGCUUAAGGAAACCUGUCAUUCGUUCCUCACCAUCCUCACCCUCAAGAGCCAAAGGUGGGGACGCAUGCAACAUGUAUUCAAACAGUUUGACCUCCUCAGGUCCUUAUCAGCAGCCCUUACUGCCCCCUGUCCCUCCUGACCCUGUCCAUUGCUACGAGGACGCCAACCAGGAAGGCAGCUCUUCCUCAAAACAGUCUGCCUGUUUUAAGAACAGCUGGCAGGUAAAACAUCGCGAUGCUGAGACAUGGAGCACAGAGGAGGUGCCACCCUCCCCUGGCAAGCUCAAGUCACGGAGUUGCGACGACUUACUCAAUGAUGGACAUUCUGGCUCAGGUGGGCGCAAUGCGACCCGCUCAGAAAGUGCUGGGUCAUUGGUGUGUGACGGGAUUCCCUCGACAGCCUCAGCCUCCACUCGUUCACUGCCUCGGCUCCACCGUCGACGGGCUCAUGAUUCACCGGGCUUUCUCCAGCUCUAUCGUAAAAUGCAUCAGAUUGAUCGAGCUCACCUCAUCCCAUCUGAAGUCAUCCGCUCGGUCCGUGCUCGCAUCCUGGAACUAGAGCGCCAGCCUCACCUGCAUCGGCAUCGCCUCUCUACUUGGACACCCUCUUGGGGUGUGGAAGUGCCACGCGAUAUGGUGCCAAACCGCAUUUCUGAAUAUGAGCGUCUUAUUCAGAAGUCCAAAUCAAUGCCAAACUUGGGCGAUAGUGAAGUGCCAUCAGGCACCACCACACCAGGCGGCUCGUCAUCUCGAGCUAGCAGUGGUGGUGGUGGCACACCCAGUUUUCCAAAACGCCGUUUUUCUAUAGAAUCUUUACUAGAGGAAGACAACAAUGGCAACAGUGGAACCGCAUCUCAUACCAUGGAUCACUUGCAUCGGCCUCGUAGCCCGCCAGAGGGCCAGCCUCGUGUUGGGCCAGAACCUGGCCGUGGCCGCUCCUUUCCUGCUCCUCCAGUUCCCCGAAGUCCACAAGCCAACCCCGACUAUUCAGACAGUGAACAAGACGCUGUUGCCUCUGACCUCAGUGAUUUCAUCCAGGUGGAGGGCUCCUCAUUUUGCAGUGAGAGUGACUUUGACCAUUGCUCACUAACCUCCUCUGAGAGCCUAUACGGCUCUUCCACCCUUCACCAUCACCACCUCCGUCAUCACCACCAUCAUCACCACCAUCAUUCUGGUCACCAAAGUCUAAGCCAGACCCAGGGCUACCAACACCGCCACCUCAUCAGCACCUGCAAAGGCCGCUGCCCAGCCUCAUACACCCGUUUCACCACCAUGCUUCGCCAUGAGAGAGAACGAGCGCGGCAGGAGCACCAGAGACCUUCACAGCAGAGCCGCAGCAGCCAUUCCCAAAUCCAGAGCUCACAGUCACAGCAAGCGAUGUCCAAGCUGGCCUUCCUAGUCAGCCCAGUGCCUUUCCGCAGGAAAAAGGGCUCACCACCUACCUCUAGAAGAAGCAGUGGCGGCGGAGGUCGAGGUAGCAGACCCAAGUCCAAGCAGGCCAUUUAUGAAGCACUCGAUGCAGCCUUGAGAGACAUAUAUGAGCACAUUCAAGCAGAGAGAGGCCACAGAAAUGCUGGGGCACCAGAUGAUAGCAUCCUGAGGAGAAUCCUGGCUGAACUGCUGCCAAAUGUGCCUGAACGAAGCUCCUCGUUGCGGGGACGGAGGGGGUGUUGGCACGGGGGUCACUCCUCUGCAUCUUUGUACCCAGAUGGGAGCCCCACUGGGUACGCCUCAUAUAGAGGGGAGACCUCCACACCACGGCUACAGUCACCGAUCAGUGUCUGUUACGGACGACACUUGGAGACCUCAAACAAUAAUGAAUAUGGCGAGGAGCAGGGCAAUGGAAACGGUCUCUGUUAUUCAGACCAGGAUGUCUCCAGGAGUUAUUCCACCAUGGAUGGACGCCACACACCUCAGAGUAGAAGACCUACUCCUGACAGAGAGGUCUCCCAUAAACAGAUGACACAACUUAUUCUGUUCUCUCUCCUCCAUCAGAAACAGCCUGCGAGAGCCAUUUAUGAUUUUAAGGCACAAACUGCUAAGGAGCUGACGUUUAAAAAAGGUGAUGCAGUGAACAUCAUCAGGCAGAUAGAUACCAACUGGUAUGAAGGAGAGCACCGUGGACGGGUGGGAAUUUUCCCCAUAUCAUACGUAGAGAAGAUGCCGUCCACCGAGAAGCAGCAGCCCAUCCGUCCUCCUCCUCCAGCGCAUGUCAGAGAGAUUGGAGAAGCAGUGGCACGCUACAACUUCAACGCUGAUACUAAUGUGGAGCUAUCGCUAAGAAAGGGUGAGAGAGUGAUUGUGAUCAGGCAGGUGGAUCAGAACUGGUACGAGGGGAAGAUCCCAGACACAACCAAACAGGGCAUCUUUCCCGUGUCCUACGUCGACAUUGUCAAACGCUCCCCGUCCAAGAGCUCCACUCACCACAUCGAUCCGCACGGUUACCCUGGCAACAGGACACCGAGCUCCACACCCAUCAAGCCUUUCUAUCACUUACCUCCAUCUUCCAUCACCCUUGACCUCCCCUCUCCUCACCCCCCUUUGAGAAGGCCCGACCUGCAAGCCGUCACCAGCGAGUGGCUUUCCCUCACCAUGGAACCAUCAUCAUCAUCCUCUCCAGCUCGGUCCCUCACAACCACCCCUGUACCACCCACGCCGCCUCCUCUCCCUGCCGAUUUCACACCUUUGCCAAAGCCCCAGGAGCCUCAGGCGCUCUCACCUGUGCCGUCACAGAAAGUCCUCACCCCUUCACCCCAGACAGUUUCCAGAACCCCCAUUUUUAAAGAGGGGAGCCUCACUUUAGGUCCAACCACACCUGCCUUGUCUUUCUCCCUGCCUACUCCACCUCCUCUUCCUCUUCCUCCUCCACCUCCUCCUCCUCAUUCGUCAUUCUCCUCUCCGCCUCCUGACUCUUCGCUUCGAUAUACCAUUAACAACACAGGGUUACAUAUCACCGAAGCACCUGAACCAUUGUACAUUGCGAAGCCAGAGGUUUUAUUCUCCCCAGAGCCGCAAAUAAAGUCACCCACACAGCUUCCACAGCAGCACAAAUCCACAGUGCAAGUGAACAAAAGUAGCAAAACCCCAGACAUUGAGCUGCGAGUAAGAGACCCUUAUGAUGAGCUGCUGUCCAUGAUUCUGGACGGAUCCAGCAGCACAGAUGAUGGCGACGUUUUGCCUUCAGUAGAAUCUCCACCAGCCAAGCUGAUCACUGAAUCUCAGAGCAGAAGGCUGCAGUUGAAAGCCAGAAAAUCCCAUCAGCCAGCUGUAGUUCCAGCAAAUGAUUCAAUGGGCGGCGUUCAGCUACAGGUGCAGUUUCGCAAGCCUGUAACAACGGAGCCAUUGUCCGCUGUUUUGUUAGGAGAGCAAUCAAAAAUUCAAAAGGAGCAACCGUCGGUAAAGCUAAAGGGAUACACUGAGUUGUUCAUUGAGGAGGAGGAUGAAGCUAGAGAGGACACCGAGGAGGAUGUUAGAGUUUUAAAUGAGAGACUCAGUCCACCACAGGCAGAAGUCUCUCCUUCCACUCUGACACCUCACCCCAGUCCCUCCCCACCCUCCUCACCCUCCAAACCUCCACCUCUGACCUCCGCACUCCCCCCUUCUUCCUCCCGAUCACAACAGCACAAUCGUAGCAUCAUCCCUGCCUCCCCUCGGCCCCCGUCCCUCCCCCAGCUCUCCACAUUGCCUCUACAGCCACUCUCCCCGGCCGUCUCACCACCUCCCCCCCACUUCUCUCACCCCUCUCCGGACCUCCCCCCACAGCGUUUCUCUCACCCUCCAAGUUCUCCCGGCCUUCCCACUCCAGUCUCGAAGUCGCCUCUGCCCCCUCCCGCCCCGUCCCCCACCAAAACCGUCUCUCCUCCCCUGUCCACCCCACGCUCUCCUCCCACUGUCCCUGCUCUCCCCCAUCCAGGACGUAGGUCUCCCAAGUUGAAGCAGGAUCCACUUGUUGGCGGUAAGCCUCCUCGUAGCCCCAUCUUGUCCCGGAGGUCCUGUCUGUCACCCGUUAGAGGUCGAAGGCGAUUAGUACAAGAUGCACUCCACGGUGGAGGAGACCCUUACCAGGCCUUGUACAACUACAUGCCUCGCAACGAGGACGAGCUGGAGCUGAGGGAAGGAGACAUCGUUGACGUGAUGGAGAAAUGCGACGAUGGCUGGUUCGUUGGGACCUCUCGAAGGAGCAAGCUGUUUGGAACCUUCCCAGGAAACUACGUGAAGCAGCUAUAAUGUUGAUUCCAGACUUCCCCCACCUGAACCCGUCCAUCCCUUUUCUGCGACACAUUCAUCCCUCAGCACAGCAGCCACAGGACAUCAACAGAGACCUGCCGCACGUUUAUGUGUUUUCCGUGUACGGCUCGUCAGCUUAACACAGACAGAAUACUUUUAGCUCUAACUAGCCAUCUUUAACAGAAGACUUCUACAAACUAAUAUUGUUUUUUAAUCUUGUCUUUGUACCCUUAUUUUUCUAUCAUGGAGAACCCAAAACGUCCAGUCAGUGACCUUUAACUUUUGACAGCGAUGGAAGGAUGCUGAAGGACCGCAGUGAUGCUUUCUCCCAUUUCAGCAGUUUGAGGGCAGUAAGAUCACCAAGAUCACGGUUUAUUUUUUUUCAUUUUUCUGCAGUGUCUCCAAUUUUAGAACACUUGUUACAGUUUAUUUCAGUACAUCCCCAAAGAGUGUUGUAAAAACAGUGUUUCGUCAGCAGGUCUGUUCUGUCGACUGUGUUUUGGGAGACGAGCAGCCGACACGUUGCGUCGUCAUCGUCAGGUAAACGGACAUUAAUUCACCACAGUUACAAGUGGAAAAGACUGUGCAUGUAUCAGUGAAAGCAACAAAUUUGGGGACGUUAUCGAUCACAAUCUGCAAUCAUUUCAAACAUUGCACCUCUGUACAAGGUGAACAACGUCACUGACACUGCUGUACUGGUUUUCUAAACAUGUAGUCGAAGGUUAGAAACAAUAUUUUUGAUGUUGAGUCAUUUUCACAUUAGGAUUGAUGCACUUUAACAAAACCCGCAUUUGUGUUAUUUCAAAUUCACUUCACACUAGAGGUUACACUCCCUGUGGGGCUUCAGGAGAUGUAGUCAUGUGUGGGAAGUGUGUGCAGACAGGUUACUGACCUUUUAGGUAUUAUAUUUAUUAGAGGAUGAAUCCGACUGUGUAAAGAGGAUUUUAGAAAGGAUGGAACACCACAUUGCUUUUUUUUUAUUUCAACAGCACCUAACCUACAUUUCAAGGAUUGUUAUUUUAUUAUCAAGUGUUUUUGUCCAGAUAAGUUCUGAGUGUGACAGAUAACAUAAUAACUGACGGGCUGUCCUGUUGUUUUAUGUUGAAUCUAUUUAAGUCAGAUACAGGGAGAGGUGCCGUUUUAUGAGAAAACUUCAGUCGUCUAACUGCAGUUUUUCCACUGAACGGGAGGAAUCUUUUAAGUGGAUAGUGUAUCACUGUUCAUGUGUGUGUGCUGUUUGGAAUCAUCACCGGUUUCCACUUUAGCUCGUCAUGCUCAGUAAAUACAAUCUGUGUUUUUUUGUUGUUGUUGUUUUUCAGUUUGAGUCUGAUAGAUGAUGGACACUGACAACACGACUAUUGUUAAAGCACCUUAAGAUAUUUUAUCAUUCGUUGUCCUUCACGUCACUCCCUGUCAUUCACUAUUUCAGCUGGUGUGAGAACACGUGUGAAUGUGUGUGUGAGUGUGUGUGUCGUGUUUUUGUAAGCCUUUUGUAUGAGAGCUGUAAAAUGGCCAACAUCCACUUGCUUUAUAAAGUCAGCUUUUUCUCACCCACCAUCA